UUCCGCUUCAGAGUUUCUCGGCCACCUCUUUCGAAAUUCGAUAUGUCCAAUCGCCAACCAACCUUUCCGCCCCCCGCAAAUUGGCCCACAAACGUCCUCUACCUCUGCAAUCUCCACUACUCCCCUCGGACGCUCCCAAUCCGCCCAACACCACCUCCACCACCAACGAAAGGCCUCUCCCCAAAUGUCCGAAUUAAAAUGAUCACAGACCCAAAACACCCAGCAAAUGGCCAACGCGGCCUCUUCGCCGCAAAGAAGCUCAAGAAAGGCGAUUGGGUCGUAGACUACCUCGGCCACGUCCACUCCGACGCCGAAACCGACCCAACCUCCGACUACGACAUCCGUCUCGCCCCCAACAAAAGCGUGGACGCGAGUAAGAUGGGAAAUGAGGCGCGAAUGGUGAAUGACUACCGCGGGGUACGGGAUCGUCCGAAUUGUCAGUUUGAGACGAGGGUGGUGGGUGGGGAGGAGAGGAUGGCUAUUUGGGCGAUUAUGGAGGUGAAGAAGGGGGAGGAGUUGUGUGUGAGUUAUGGGAAGGGGUUUUGGGAGGGGAGGAAGGGGGAGUGAGAGGGGUAUGACAGGACGAUCCGCGUGCGAGAUAGGGCAGUGAGAAUUGCUGCUCGUCAUCAGACACGCGUACGCAGACGCACACCAUCGUCGCCGACCCGAAACGAUGCCAUGUGCUGUGUUGGAUCUACAAGACAUCAAGGAGCCCUGAUCAUGACCUGUUCGUCAUAUUCGUGCUGCCAGCCGGUAUAUCGCGUCCGCAUUCUCGAGGGAGAUGAUCAGGAGCGAUGGGUAAAACAUGUCUCGAGGACUAUGGCGUACAAGAUCCGGAUACCGGGUACCAAAAGGAGAGGUUGGCAGCGCUAGCAGCGAUGAAUGGCAUAACGAGUUGAAGGGUCCAUCAAACCAUACGUUCUUGUCAGAUUCCGAUGUCACACCACUCGAUAAUCGGCGAAGAGAC